GAGAGAGAGAGAGAGAGCUUUUGAACUGGGAAAAGGCUCAGAUGCUCUGCAAUCAGUGCUCACUCUCUCUCUCUCUCUUUCUCACUUCCUCAUUGUCAGUAUUUCACCAUAGCCACCGUCUAGGGUUAGGAUUUGAGCAAAUUUUUGGGUGCAGAAGCAAAUGGAUGCAGCGGCAGCUGAAGAAGAAGAGUACAAGAGGAAGGAGCGCGUAGCUCUGGUGGCGAUCGUGGUUAUUGCGUCUGUAGCAGUGGCUUCUCUGUUCGUGGCCUUCAGCUACUACUGCUACAUUGCCAACAAAGUCUCCAAACGUCUCAAGAACCCUACUAGGGUUGAACGCAAAGAAAAAGGUAGCAGUUUUCCAAAUACUCAGAUUGCCACUCAGAAAGGACUUCAGGUGUUCACAUUCAAGCAACUAUAUUCAGCUACUGGCGGUUUUGGGAAAUCUAACAUAAUUGGUCAUGGUGGAUUUGGGUCAGUCUACAGAGGAGUGCUUCAAGAUGGCAGAAAGGUUGCAGUUAAGUUGAUGGAUCAGGCAGGGAAGCAAGGAGAGGAGGAAUUCAAAGUGGAGGUGGAAUUACUCAGCCGGUUGCGAUCUCCAUAUCUACUGGCAUUAAUUGGGUAUUGUUCAGACAAUAACCAUAAAUUGCUAGUUUAUGAGUUCAUGGCUAACGGGGGUCUGCAGGAACAUUUGUAUCCUAUCAGUGGAUCUAACAAUGUUUAUGCACGGCUGGAUUGGGGAACCCGUCUACGAAUAGCUUUGGAAGCUGCAAAAGGAUUGGAAUAUCUCCAUGAACAUGUCAGCCCUCCAGUGAUUCACAGAGAUUUUAAGAGCAGCAACAUCCUUUUGGAUAAAAGUUUUCAUGCUAAAGUUUCUGAUUUUGGAUUGGCUAAGCUUGGAUCCGACAAAGCUGGAGGGCAUGUUUCAACCCGUGUGUUGGGCACCCAAGGAUAUGUUGCCCCUGAAUAUGCAUUGACUGGCCAUCUAACAACAAAGUCAGAUGUUUAUAGCUUUGGAGUUGUUCUUUUGGAGUUGCUCACGGGCAGGGUUCCUGUGGAUAUGAAGAGACCCCCUGGAGAAGGCAUUCUUGUGUCUUGGGCUUUGCCCCGGCUUACCGACAGAGAGAAGGUUGUAGAGAUCAUGGAUCCAGCUUUGGAAGGUCAGUACUCGAUGAAGGAGGUUAUUCAGGUGGCGGCCAUUGCUGCAAUGUGCGUGCAGCCGGAAGCAGACUACCGGCCACUGAUGGCAGACGUUGUCCAGUCACUGGUUCCACUGGUGAAACAUCUCAGGUCAACAUCUGAAGCUGCCGGCUGCUCCAGCCUCCAUGCUACCCAGUCCGGCAAGGCCUGAAACUUACAAGCCAUCUGUCCAAACUAACCGAACCAGUUGUUCUUGGUGAGCUUCCUUAGUUAACUUGAGAUUGAUGCUCAGUUUUUCUCAUCUAUUUGAACAAGAACAAGAAACUGAAUCAUUUAGUACUUAGAUUAUGUGGUGGGGGCUCUGUAAUGUUAUUAGGACUUGAAAUCUGAAGUAUGGCUUACUCAAAGGCUUAGCUCAAGAACUAGUAACUAUGCCAAAUGUUUGCUGGGUGCAACCUGUAUUAGUUUUUUUCUCCUUGAAUUUGGCUUGAUAUAAGUGUUAGAAAACAGGAUAGAAAUUGUUGGAAACUGGUAAA